GAUAUUGAAGCGAAAAGACGUAAACUUGCUGUGAAAGUACAUUUGGUGCCAAAAAGCUGGAAAAUUUUACGAGACAUCAGGGAGAUCGAUGGAGGUACAACCCCAAUCCAGCGCAGAGAACGUCGUCGGGGAGCUUCCUUUAAAGAUUAUUCAACAACAACAACAACAACUAUCCCCAGAAGAGCAACUGCUAAAACGGCGGCGUGUCACUGGAGACCGACACACAAAGGUCGAAGGGCGCCACAGGCGGGUCCGGAUUCCGAUUACCUGUUGCCCCGGUAUCUUCCGGCUGACCGAGGAGUUGGGACACCGUUCCGACGGCCAGACGAUCCAGUGGCUCCUCAGCCAGGUUCGCCCAGACCUUGUCCUUUCCCCCAACUCGUCCCUUUCUCGCGCGGGUCACCACUCGGCCUCCGCUGACUCCGUUCCUGGACGUUUUGAUUUACCCAUAUGUACGUCGCGUAUAGACGAAGAUGAUUUGGACCAGAAGGCCGUUGCUCUUCUCCAGAGGCUCACGGUCAGGGCCACGGUGGUUCAGGCUUCAACGGUGUUCUACAAUACCAUUGCUACUUUGGAUAAGGCAGAGAGGUUGAUUGCUGGGGCUGCUGCAUAUGGAUCACAGCUAGUUGUGUUUCCGGAAGCCUUUGUUGGUGGCUAUCCACAUGGGGUGAUGUUUGAGGCUUCUACAGAAACCCAUCUAACCCUGGAAAACAAGGAGUUCCAGAAGUAUUUUGCCUCUUCUAUUGAUGUGCCAGGUCCUGAAGUUGACAGACUUGCCAAAAUAUCGGGUAAAUAUAAAGUUCACUUGGUGAUGGGUGUAGUUGAGAGGGUUGGAUACUCACUCUUUAGCGCUAUUCUGUUUUUCGAUUCCCUUGGCCGUUAUCUUGGAAAACAUCGAAAGCUGAUGCCGAUGGCAUCAGAACGUGCAGUGUGGAGGCCAGGAGAGAAAUCAUUGCUGCCUGUUUAUGAGACGUCAAUUGGAAAAAUAGGUGGGCUUAUAUGUUGGGACAAUAGAAUGCCUUCUCUAAGAACUGAAUUAUAUGAUAAAGGCAUUGAAAUAUAUUGUGCACCGACAGCAGAAGCAAGGGAAAUAUGGCGGGCAUCAAUGACCCAUAUAGCCCUAGAAGGUGGCUGCUUUGUUCUAUCUGCAAACCAAUUCUGCCGAAGGAAAGACUAUUUUCUUUCAACAGAAUGUGUUUCUGAAGGUUCAAAUGGCGAUGUAUCCCAGGAUAAAAUCGUAUGUGCUGGAGGUAGUGUUAUUAUAUCACCGUCAGGGACCAUUCUUGCCGGACCUAAUUACCAAGGGGAAUCCCUCAUCUCCGCUGAUCUAGAUCUUGGAGAGAUUGUUCAAGCAAAGCUAGAUUUUGGUGGAAUUGGGCAUCUCGUGGGACCAAACUCAGUCAAGUGGACUCCGGAUAAAAACAAUUCUAAUUUGUUAAGAACGCCCGUGAAAACAGAAGUUCCCGAUUUGCAGCAAUGGUGACUUUGCUUUGUAGGUCAUUGGAGUUUUGGAAGUAAUUUCCCAGAGUCUUCCUUGAGCCAAAGUGGCUAAUAUCAGCUUCGUAUAUCACCUUGGGAUGUUAGAAGAUGUACGUACUGAGGUUGGAUAGCGGUCACCAUUUUUCAUAUACGUUUGAAGGAAUCACACUCGAAUUGUAGUUGCAUCAUGGCCAAUUUUGGUUCUAGUACAGUGGGGCUCUUGCUAGGUCCCAGUCUAGAUUGUACAAUAAAAAUGCUCAAAGGGCCAAAAUUACGAUAUAUAUAU